UUGACCCCACCAUCCUACGCCAAAAUCGAAAUCCCACCGUCCAUUCCGAUAAAAAUCUCAACUCAAUCAUAGUUACUUUUUAACCAUAGUUACUUCUCUCUUUUCCCCAAUAUUAUUACCAUGCCUCACUCUUCACUCUCGCGUCAAUCUCUUUUCCCAUCUCUUCUCUUUCUUUUCCUCCUCACUUCCUUACUUGUCAAGAAAUCUCCGCCGCUACAUAACACCGUCGAAUAUCAAGAAUUUGAUCAUUUAUUUUCUCUAAUAAGUGACCAGGGGUGGAGAUGAGCUGCAACGGUUGCCGAGUUUUGAGAAAGGGGUGCAGUGAGACUUGUAUACUGAGGUCGUGUUUGCACUGGAUCACUCCCCCUGAAGCUCAAGGUCACGCCACCUUAUUUCUCGCCAAAUUUUUCGGCCGUAGCGAUCUCAUGUCUCUCAUCUCCGCAGUACCGGAAUCUCAACGGCCUGCCUUGUUUCAAUCGCUGCUUUUUGAAGCGUGUGGACGAACCGUGAAUCCCGUAAACGGAGCUGUUGGACUGUUGUGGAGCGGAAACUGGCACGUGUGUCAGGUGGCGGUGGAGACAGUUCUUUCUGGCGGAAUUCUACGGCCGCUACCGGGAUUACUUUCCGGAGUUUUAGCACAGAAUCAUGACGAGUCAUCUGAUAGAUUCUCUGCGGAGGGAUACAGGUUACGAAACAUGAUGACGUGGGCUCAAUCAAAGCCGUAUAUUAAUACGAAUAUGAAUAUGAAUCAAGCAUCGUCGGAUCUCAAUCUCUCCCUGACGCCAAAGCUAACAGGUAGCUGCAGAGUGAAGAGAGGAAGAGAUCAUGCGGUAUCAUUUUGUACUGAAGAAUCAUCAGAGAUGACGACGUUUGAGAGUAAUGGUGGAGAUAGGAAGAAACUUUUGAAUCUAUUUGUUUGAAAAAUAGAAAAGGAGAAAUUAAGAGUAGUGUGAGUGAUGAUUAUGAUCUUCAGAGUUAAUCAGUACCAUCACCACCAUGGCGGUGCAACUUUUUUUUUUUUCUUUCCCUCUAUAAAUAUGAAGCCGGAAUUUUAGGACCGGCGAGUUUUUGGAUAUGAGAUAAAAACUAAUUUUAAUUAAAAUUCGGGUGAAGUUUUGUUUU